UACCGCGUCCGCGCUUGGGAGAGAAACCCCUCUCUCGCUUGCACUCGAGCCUGCUCUCGCUUCCACCAACAGUCGAGCGAUGCUACUCGGGACUUUAGCACACCAACACCUCUGUGCGAGAGUGAGGGAGGUGUGGGGGUGAGUCCCGGAGGAGGUGUCAAUCCUAGCGCUGCUCAGUGACCAUCGCGGCGCCACCCAAGUAACACCUCAGUCUCUCCGCGGGUACACCCGUCGCGAAUAUAUCCGUAACUCAGUGUUUUUUCUUCACUACUCGUGACUAUUUUCUACGUAUAUUCUAUUUAAUAUUUUUCAAGUGGACGGUGGAAAUUUUUCGUAACGUGUCGGUAAAGUUGACAGUUUUGUGACUAUUGUGAAUGUUUCAACAGUCUACUGUUUGGCUCAAGCCUUGAUGAACGUGCCAGCGUGGCCUGUCGCCGGCCGUCGGACGCAGUGAUUUGAGCUGGAUUUUUUUCCAGUUUGAACCUUACAUAAAAGGUAAUGUACAAGUGUGUCGUGAAAUUUGUCUCACUAUACUAACAAAAUUCUCUCAGCUGCAUAAUAUCUCCAAGUUUUUUGAGGAUCAUAUUAAAAUGUACAGUGAAAAAAAAAUAAAUAUUUCAACAAGUGUGAUAAUAGUCAGUGAUUGAACGUGAAGAUCGUGUCUUCCGUUAAUAUUUACACCUUUCCAGUGAAAUUGACAGAUACUUAUUACCGAGAAUUGACAGAAAAUAAUUUCAAAAAUUGACGUGCUAAAUCUAUCUCCAUUUUCUAGUGAAGUUCGAAACAUUUUCAAAAUAUUCACACGUGUCUAAUAACCAUAAAUAUAAUAUCGUGUCAGUGUUGCAGCUGAAUAUCAUGUAGUGAAUUUAAGAGAAAAAUUUAAAUCAAGAUAGAUUAAUUUGUAAAAAUAUUUCAAUAAUAAAAUGUUGAUAUGGAGAUCAAGAUUAGCACGAACAGUGAAAAAAGAAAUUGAAAUUCUGCGUGCAAAAUCUCGUGAACGUUUAAGAAUAUGGUGCAGAGAUUCGUGAACUUGUUUAUUCAAUUAAAUGGAUAAUAAAAUGUUUCCAUAUGAAUUAACAAAAAAUUAAAGUGAUAGAAUAGAGCAAAAAAAAACAUUACAAACUUAGUAUAUGCAUAAACAAAAAUACUAAAGUUAGUGUUUGGCCGUAGAAGGCUGGAUUGAGUCACUCGAAGAGUAAUCUCGCGCGACUCUGUUAACUCGCCCCAUCUCGAUGAGAUUCGAACAAGACACAACGUGCAGGGGUACCCACUGCGCCAGCACUCCGUUACAGGCACCUCAGCGAAUACGGCCGAAAGAAGAGGUGGAGGCGGUGGACGGUGUCUUUUCGGCGUCGCAGGACAACGCCGGUGCGUUGUUGUUAGAUCAAGACAGGAGACAAUUUGAAUUGGAGGUAAAUACACUUGAGAGUGCCAAUACGGGGCUCAGAAGGGUGGCGGGGGGGCCUGGGAUGGCGUACCCCGCACCAGCAGCGCCGACUCUUAAUCAGCACUCGCCAUUUUCCACAAUAAGCAGUUCGGCGAGCGGCAACGGCAACGGACACCUUUCAUCAAGUCAUUUACCUGCACCAGCAGCACCACGACCUACAGAUUUUAGUGUUUCGUCACUGCUAACCGCAGCUAAUACACAUCCAUCUCAUCUUGGUGGAUCUUCGUCUCAAGGAAGUGCAUCUCCUCCACCUGGUGGACCUGGAAGUCCGGCCGCUGCGCCUGAAACACCUCCACCACUUAAUAAUCAACGAGAUCAUCUGUCUCAUCCUUCAUCAGCUGAAGCAGCCGCUGCUAAUUACUUUAACGCACUAGCUGCUGCUGGAUUCUGUAGUCCCGGCGGAGCUCAUCUCCCACAUAACAAUUCACCUGGUGCUGCGAACGCACCUCAUCAUUUAUCUGGAAAAGGACUCCUCAGUAGUCCUCAUCAUCAUCCACAGUUUAAUCUUCACGGACUGACACCUCAAGGCCUUGGUCUUGGUCCUCACACGCCGGAGGAAGCAAACGCAGCCGUCCUGGCAGCAGCAGCAGCAGCUCUUCAUCACCAUCACCAAGGUGGUCCAGGUGGUCCAGCAAUGAGGCCAUUGAGGUUACCACUUCCUCCAGGCAUGAUGCACUCAUCGCCUCUUCCUCUGGGUCCUCAUCAUCCUCUUGCAGCUCCUCACCACUUAGUACCACCUCAUCAUCCUGAAGAAGAUGGCGUUGUUGAUGAUCCAAAGGUCACAUUAGAGGGUAAAGAGCUCUGGGAAAAAUUUCAUAAGCUCGGAACUGAAAUGGUCAUUACCAAGAGUGGAAGGCAGAUGUUCCCGCAAAUGAAGUUCCGAGUUUCCGGACUUGAUGCUAAAGCCAAGUACAUCCUACUGUUGGACAUCGUUGCAGCUGAUGACUACAGAUACAAAUUUCAUAACAGUAGGUGGAUGGUAGCGGGAAAAGCGGAUCCAGAAAUGCCUAAGAGGAUGUACAUACACCCAGACUCUCCUAGCAGUGGCGAACAAUGGAUGCAGAAAGUCGUGAGCUUCCACAAGCUCAAGUUAACCAACAACAUGAGCGACAAGCACGGCUAUGUAAGUACUACGAUACUAAACUCAAUGCACAAAUACCAGCCGAGGUUUCACCUUGUAAGAGCGAACGAUGUCCUCAAACUACCGUACUCGACGUUCAGAAGUUACGUAUUCAAGGAGACGGAAUUCAUUGCCGUCACUGCGUACCAAAACGAAAAGAUAACUCAACUGAAGAUCGACAACAAUCCCUUCGCCAAAGGAUUUCGAGAUACAGGUGCAGGAAAACGAGAAAAAAAAAGACAGGCGCUGUUGACCGUGUCAGGAGGAAGUUCCCGUUUGACGUCAGCUCCAGCAUCGCCGGAUAAACGCAGAUCGUCCAAUUCGGCUAAUGACUUGAUGGAUGAUGAAGACAAACUGUUGGAUGUUGUUGGACCAGACACGCCACAUCCAGCCCAACAUCAUCGUGAACGUGAACAUUCAAGGGAACGAGAUGACAGAACGAGCGAACGUGGAGAAGGAAGUGAAUCUUCUGGUUCCGAGAGUGGAGGGGUACCAGGGGGACCAACUUCAGAGGGUCCAAGGCCCGAUGUAUCUGUAGGACCACCAGUGCUUCAUCCUCCAUUGCUACCCUACUUUUAUCCACCGGUACCUGGAAUUUAUCCUGGACACAAUCCACUUAUGCCACCAAAUCCACUUGGACUUCACAGUGGAGUUACUCCUGGAAUGCUGCUGAACGCACAGCUGGCAUUGGCAGCUUCGCAACAUCCAGCACUCUUUGCUCACUAUCCACAUCCACUAUCGAGUCCACUUCAUCAACUUAAGGGUCACCGAUUUGCGCCUUACACCCUACCAGCACCAUCACAUGGUUCAGCUUUUGAAACCGUCACACCAGGAAGUCGUACACUAAGUCCACGGUCACCUCCACCAAGACCACCUACCGGAUCUCCUACUCCUGGAAAUAAUGGAGGCCUUACAGUAAAUAGUGGGCCAGCAUCAGGAACUGGUGAACUUAAAUCGAUCGAAAAUAUGGUAAACGGAUUGCAAGAAAGGCGAGGUAUCAAGAGGAGACGAAGUCCAAGUUUGACGCCUGGACAUCGAAAUGAUGCUGACGGUGGUGGAGGGAGUCCGUGACAAGAUGAGAACGAGCCUGUAACUAGCACCAAGAUAGACACGGAGGAUGAGGAUCUUGAGAUAACUAGCGGUGAAGAGUCUGCGAAUGAGCAGGAACUCGAGCCGGAUUCCACGUCUGAGCCUUCGUAGCCAAGAUUAUCGUAGAAUGUUGUUGAGAGAGAUAGAGAGUUUGGGUAAUCUAUUAUUGUCGAAAGACAACAAAAAAGAAGGAUUAUCCACGAGUCUUAAAAAGAAGUUAUGAGGAUGUGGGAACUAUAAAGUGCAAUUUAAGAGCGAUACAAGUAUUUUCAACAUAAAUAGCGAUAUAUUCGCGUGAUAAAAAAUCGACUGUAAAAAACGUCAAGUAAUAACAGAGAUAAUGGACAAAUGUCGCGUGUGACGUGUGUAUAUAGUUAAUAAUUACCUGGAAUUUUUAGCGAGUUAUCGAUCAAUUGGUUGUUGUGCUAUGAACACUGAUAAGAUAGUGAUGACUGGUGCUAGAGCACCCUUAUACCUUUGUACAUUUUCUCGAGCAAUUAUCCUGCAGUGAGAAAAGAAUUCAAGAGAAGAGGAGCUUCAAUUAUUGCCUGAUUCGAAUACUUUAAAGCUUAAGACAAAUUAAGUAAUGGUUAUUAAGUAUGAGUAAAUAUUGCAAUAUAAUUGGAAAAUAAUUGAAAUGAACGAGCACCUCUACUCUUUACUGACCCAAUUGUAAAUAUGUACCCUAGUGAUUAUAUAUAUAAAUAUAUCUUUCAAAAUAUAAAUACAACUAUCCCCUCCAUAUUAAUUAUUGAAUAUCUUAAUUACGAUAAUUCAUUAAAUUAGUGCUCCAGAGAAAUCAUUGCGUUAAGCACUCGCUGUCUUCAUUAAUUAAAUUGCGCCGCCAAAAAAAGGAAAAUUAUUCAUUAAAUUGAUCGUCCUUAUGAUCGACUUGAAAUUUUGUUCUACGAGAUUCCUUAUCUCACAUUUUCUCAGGAAUAAUUAUGAUUAUCUGUAAACUACUAGAGGAAAUUUGUUGUAUAAAAGACGUCAUUAGAUAAAAAAAAAUUCCAUUUAUUUAGCAUAUUAUUUUCUUAUUUCAUUCAUGCUUUAUUCAUUUUUAUUUAUUUUCCACUCAGAUCACUUCACGAUUAUUCAAUGAUUGGUAACACCUGAUUGACGUUUAUUUAUAGAAGUGUUAAUGACGGAAAGUGAAUGUAACAUGUCUUGAGAAUUGUAUGAAUGAUAUGAACAUAAAUGAUAUAGAUAAUCGAAGGAUGUGUAAUAAAACCAAUUUAUAAAGGAAUAUAAAAAAUACAAAAAAAAAAAUGAAUGAGUGAGAAAUUAAAAUGAAAAUAAAACACAAGUUUUUAUGAAUAAUAAAAAAAAAAUAAAAAAAAUAACAAAGAGAAUAAAAUACAAUAAUUAGGGUUCAUCAUUGUCUCUAAUUGUUUACAAUUAUCUUUAUCGAACUCGUUAGAUUGUUGUGUGAAAAAUAAUACCUGUUUCAAAGAAGCUUAGAAAAGUUGUGCAUAAAUAUCAUACAGAAAAUAUUAAAUAAAUAAAUUAAAUGUAGCAGUGAGUGAAGUAAUUUAUUAUCAACUGCAACAUUUAUGGUACAUAGCUUUUACAGUCUUUUUAAAUUAUCCAUUUUUAUAUUCGUGAUAACAUUGAGAGUGGACAUUUAUUUUUUUAAGUAAUUUCGCUCCAAUUCUUUCUCUUUGUUUUUUGUUAUAUAUUCAAGUCUUGCCAGAAAGAUUUGGAGCAGAAAUAAAUGAAAGUUUAUGUUUACUUUAUAUCAUCUAAUAAAUUGAAAUAGUUGUUUAACAAAAAAUUAUAGUAUUUAAAUGCUAAUUUAUGUCUUUAAUUUUGCAAUCGUUAUUAAAUGAAAAAAUUUUAAGAGAAAAUGAAUCUCACAUAAGAACAAAAUGUCGAUCAAUGAUUGAGAAAAAAUUUAUCUACAUUAUUGUAAAAUGUAAAGCUAUGAGAUAUGAAGAUAACUUUCCAAAUUGUAAUGAUAAUUAGAUAAAGGCGCUUGAAAAAUGUUCAGAAAUUUCACGAAUAAUCUGAAAAGAUGAGAAGCAAUAAGAAGAGGUCCUGCGUGGCCUUAUCAUUUCCUAAAUCAUCAUUCCUACGAUAUGUAUUGUAUAUUGUACACCUUUAGCAAAAAAUCUCAAUUUUCCUUUUCCUCAUCAUUUUCAAAUCCCAUGUGACUAAAAAUUAUAUAUUAAUUUAAAAAUAAACAAAUGUUUUUUUCUUCAUUCACCUUAAUCACUUAUU